AUGGAUGCGGGGCGUGCAGAACACUCCGCUGGCAGCCCACUGAACGGAGGCACGCGCUUCUUCUCCGAGCCGGGUGACAACCACCGCCGUGGACUGGCCCGUGACACCGCCAUUCAACGUGCUUUGCCCAUUCUUUCGACCCAGCGGCGAGUCACUUUCCCGGUUACUCAGGGUGAGUCAAGCGGCGGAUGCGCUGCCACUUCAUUGUGGCGGGGCUUCGCCAGGAGAUUGACGCCUGACAUGCCUGUAGCUACGGAUAAUUUAUCUUGUGGCGAGAGGGAAUCCGGAGAGUUGCACGCAUCCGCUCCAUCGCCUCCCGUCUAUACAUUUCCAAAGGAGGCUCCCGAGCCAAGCGAGCCAAAACUCUCUUUUAAGCAAAGUGUAGUGGACUACUGGAAGCGCAACAAGGAAACCGCUCGUCUUGUGACGCCUGGGCUUUCAGGCAAUUUAUCUCAGAAACCAACGUCCAGCCACGCGGAGGCAAGCAGCCAUGGCCAUUCUUUACGACCCUGCGAUGAGGCUUCCAUCGGUGAAUGGAGUGCUGCGAGUGUUGCAACCGAUGAGGAAAUGAAGGAUUCUCAGCAGUUGGACACCGAUGCGUGCAGAUCAGAGAAAUGGACGUAUUCCAUCCUUUGCUCUGUUCUGCAGCGGCUGCCUGAGGCCUCUCUGCGGUCGCGAUACUUCCAUGCAUGGUGGCGACGGAUUUUGCAACACAAUUACCAAGAGAGUGGCGGUGCCCAACAUCCAGUAAGAAAAGAAACGGAUGGAAGGACGGCAAGGCCAAUAGGGGCAUCGUCGUCCCCGAGUCCUGCAUACCCUGCUCUGCGGUUGCAGGCGCGCCCCGUUCCCGGGUCCGAGGCGUCGGUACCAUCGGAGGCCAAACGCCGUCUGACACCGAGUGAGGAGCCUAACGCCGCGCGGCCAACUAUAGCAGACACCGCCCAAUUCAGUGGGACAGCGUCGGCUGUGUCGUAUCCCCUCGGCGACGACGGCGAGAUGUCCUUUGGCGAUGCUGACACCCGGUCACAGCGCUCGCCUGCCUCCGUGGCGCACCUGUCCCCCGACGUUUUCUCCGACUACUCCUCCCGACGGCAGUCCGCGCAUUGGCCGCCUACGCUGCGCGCGUUGGGCGCUGUGGGCGGCAGCGGCAGGGGCACGCAACCGUCCCGCUCCUCGCUGUCCCAGGGGAUGGCGCUGUUCUUCAGCUGUGGAAAGCUGGAGGAGGAGGAGGCCGCCUCCCGCGCCCUCAUUAGCCACCAAGAGAUGUCCCUGCGGCACGGGAUUCAGACAAACGCGAAUCGUGUGAUGGACAAGAUACUCAUGCUCGCUCUUCGCGGCAGACCGUCAGGGGAGCUUUUCGCACCCGGGCGCGAAGAAAGUGCGGAGAGCGCGAAGAGGAGCUUAACGAUGCUGAGCGGCAAGAGUUCUUGCACACCCGAGAGGCAGGAUUGGCCGCCGCCGCCGCCGUCAUCUACGCCAUGUGCAACGCAGACGGUUUUGACUAGCUCGCCACCCGUUGUUGGGUAUGAGGAGGGGGAGCCGCCGACGCUGGCAAAGAACGGCCCCCCGUCGCGCGUCGACGACACGCCGGGGACGUCGGUGGCAGGGAGCACCGCUGCAACAGCGCUGUCGGAGGAAGCGACGGUGCCAGCACCACCACCAUCCUCGUCAUCAUCAGUGGUGGGCCACCGAGAGAGUGCCGCAGUGAAUGGCCGGCUCGACGCUUUGGGAGGCACUAGUAGCGUGAAUAGCAGCAGCAACAACAUAAAGGCUGUUUCUGGCGAUGGAGGUGACGUUGUUGUUGGCGAGAUGAAUGAAAAUGCCAAUAGGAACAAAAAUGGGAGCGUUACCAAUGAUGAGGUUGACUCCCUAGAUGAGGCAAAAAACAAAAACAUACCGAAAAGAGCUGCUGCGCUGGACCGCGAGUAUACUCAAAGCGCGCCAUUGUCAUCGCUCAGUCCUGCAUCAUCGAUACGGAGGGAUGCCGGUAGCAGCAGCAGCAGCAGGCACAACAAUAACGGCGCAAGCAGUGGCACGGCGGGGCAGAAGAUGUUGUCUUCGCAGAAGAUGGUGGACGCUCGGUGGUGCCUGGAGUUUCGCGAGGAGGAGCAUGCCAGGCGACUUCGGAUCGCGGAGAGGUACCGCCGAGGGCUGGAGCACAUAAUCCACAUUUGUUUUGUAGGCUCCACCGGUGCCACCGCGACACCCUUAGGUGCAACUGCGCCCCAAGAGAGUAGUAGUUCAGUCAAAGACUCAUAA